UACGAAUGUUGCGAGUGUGGAAAAAGCUUCUCUCGGAGCUCACACCUUACUGUGCAUCAGAGGAUCCACACAGGAGAGAGACCCUAUGAAUGCAGUGAGUGCAGGAAAAGUUUCACUCACCUCUUCUCUCUUAUCUCUCACCAGAGAGUCCACACAGGAGAGAAACCCUAUGAAUGCAGUGAGUGCGGGAAAAGCUUCUCUCGGAGCUCAACCCUUGUUACACAUUACAGAGUCCACACUGGAGAGAGACCAUAUGAAUGCUCUGAGUGCGGGAAAAGCUUCAGUCGGCGCUCAAACCUUAUCACACAUCAGAGAAUCCACACAGGGGAGACGCCCUACACGUGCGCUGAGUGUGGGGAAAGCUUCAUUUGGCGCUCAAACCUUAUCACACAUCAGAGAAUCCACACGGGGGAGACGCCCUACACGUGCGCUGAGUGCGGGAAAAGCUUCAGUCUGCACUCAAACCUUAUCACACAUCAGAGAAUCCACACAAGGGAGACGCCCUACACGUGCGCUGAGUGCGGGAAAAGCUUCCGUCAGCGCUCACACCUUAUCACACAUCAGAGAAUCCACACGGGGGAGACGCCCUACACGUGCUCUGAGUGCGGGAAAAGCUUCAGUCAGUGCUCAAACUUUAUCACACAUCAGAGAAUCCACACAGGAGAG